CAUUCGGUCCGUCCCAAAAUUGGUCCACUCGCCCAUCAAGGUUCGCGCCCCAGACGCUGCGGCACCCCGCCGAGAGCCCCGCAGCGCCUGGACUGCGCUUGGAGAUCGAACCGAUUUUUUUUGGACUGCGAUUCAAGACCGGAAGCAACUAUCCACCUUGUCGCAACGUCGCAAAGAUGCAUUCCCUCAUACGGCCCAACGCCUGGGUCGCGCUAAAGCUCCCGUCAGGAAGCACAAAGGUUCUUCAGAUUGCCCCCAAUACGACAAUAUCGCUGGGGAAAUACGGCGCUUUCCCGUCCAAUCUAGUUAUCGGACGCCCAUACCACCUCACCUUUGAGCUACUAGACAAGCUGCCGGACGAGAGCUUCUCGCGUCUCCGAGUCGUCACUACCAACGAGCUCCACGCCGAUGUCUUUGCCGAAGAAGCCGCACCCGGUUGCGCCACGCCCGCGGCCGGUGCAAACGAUACCGUAAUAUCUACCACAGACGGAGAGGAGUUCAGCUUGGUCGACGAGAAGGGCAAUGUCAUUGCGCGCUCGAAUCACGAGGUCCUCGAUGAGAAUGCGCGGCAGACCCUCACGCAAGACGAGAUCGAGGAGCUGAAGAGGGAGGGCAACAACGCCGGCAAGGAUGUUAUCGCGAAGCUGCUGCUUUCCCAUACGGCGCUCGAUCAAAAGACGAGCUUCAGUUUGGCCAAAUACAAGCUACUGAAAACCAAAAAAUACAUUCGGCGGUUUCAGGUCUUGCCGAUUGAUGUCGCCAACCUUGCGCACUGGCAGCUGGAGGAGAGGGAUGCAAGCAAGAUACUGGACCUAAGGGCCGAGAUGAUUGGGCUCGUCGGGAGCUGGGGAAAUGUGCACUUCGGGGGCGAUGAUGUUCUGCUUCCGGACCCGAAGGCCCCCACCGCUGCAGGGGAUGAGGCAUGUCUUCCCGUGGACGAGGAUCUCUUGCGAGGGAGGUGGCUUGUGGUGGAUGAUACCUGCGGGCUGUUGGUAGCGGCGAUGGCCGAAAGGAUGGGUGUGCUUUAUGACGGCGAGGACCCCGAGAUGGAGAAGGCGGAAGGGCAGAACGGGACAACGACAGCGCAGACGCCCGCUGGCCUGGAAAAGCACCAAGAGACUCGGACCAGCGAACUUAUCGUACCCGAAACGACACAGAAGGAUAGCGACACGGAAAUGGUAGAUGGGCCGACGAACUCGUUGAAGCGACAAAAUGACGGCAAACCGAAGCAACAAAAGCCCCGCCCCUCCGACUUCGCGAUCCCGUAUUCUCAAACCAACACCAUCACAGUUAUCCACUCAGCCAGCCAACCGAACCUCUCGCUCCUCAAUUAUUGGGGCUUCGACAUCACGUCCCCCAACCACCCGCCGCAUCCCUUGCUCAACCAUCUACUCAAUCUCUCCUGGCUGCAGCUCCUGAAGCCGGAACUCGACACGUCGUACUCCACACCGCCGCUCACCGCAUCGCCCGAGGUCCUGGCGUCAUGGAAGCCAAGUCGCAGGGGUAACUUUCACCGCAAGCGGAGGAGGUACGCCCGGAUCCGGCACGUGGUCGACAGCACCCGGACGGGCAACUUUUCCGGUCUCGUCUGCGCGAGCACCAUGGACCCCAUUAGCAUUCUCCGCCACACCCUGCCUCUCCUCGCCGGGGGCGCCCCGGUGGCGAUCUACUCGCCCUCUGUGGAGUCCCUCGCCGCGCUGGCCGACUGCUUCAGCGUACCCCGCCGAACGGCUUGGGUCAGCGGAAGCGUGGCUGAGACCGAUGGUAUGUCGAACGAAGAGCUGGAACGGUGGGAGGGUAACGAACGGUUUCCGCUCAACCCUACGUUGCUUCAGGGCGUGUCGAUCCAGACGAGCCGCGCCCGCCGGUGGCAGGUGCUCCCCGGCAGGACACAUCCGCUCAUGACGGAACGAGGCGGCGCGGAUGGGUAUGUGUUUACGGCGUGGCGGGCGAAACCCGCAGAGGGCAAAGUGGCUGCAAAGGGGAAGUUUAAGCGGAGAAAGGUCGACUCGGUUGAUUCGGAGGCGGCCACUCCGGCUCCGGCAUGAGAGACUAGUAGCGAGGGUACGUAUUUCACGGGGUGGGAGAGUGGUUAAGCACCACGGUUGCACGACGCCACAAGAUACCAUGUAUAAAGGAGGCAUGCGUCCCUCUCCAUAUCAUUGCGAGCAUUUCCACUCUGCGCCCU